AUCUCUUAUGGAAGGAGAGCUCCCUUGGAUAGCUGCCCUGUUCCCCACUGUCAACUCUUAGUGCCCUGUUUCCCCAACCCCAGUUCAACAGGUUGUCAGAUCCCUUUUCCACAGAAGCCAACGUGCAGACAGAGAAAUUGAGGCACAGACUAAGGGCUCAAACAUCUCUUGCUCCAUGAUUCUCUGAAUCAGUUUCUCUUGGGGUCAUAGGAAUGCUCCCCUCCCAUCACCCCCAUUCUUCUCAAUCCUCUGAAGAGGCUUCAGGGUGACUUUGGGAGGAGUGGCCACCAGAGGAGGAGCAGCUGGGACUGAGUCAUGGCAGGAAGCUGAGGAGGGCGGGAAAUAGCACCAGACAGCCAUAUAAGACGAAGAGGCGGCCCUGAAGUUCACAGCAGCAGUAACAACAACCAGAGAAGCAGGCUUCCAACAGCCCGGCCCUUCAAAUCCAGAUCUGCCAGAGAGAACCCACCUUCUGGGUGGCCAGUGACCAGACCUUACCCCAGGAUGGGGACUGUGUCCAGAGCAGCCUGGGUCUUGGCUUGUUUGGCUGUCGCUUCUGCCGCCUCCGAGGGAGGCCUCAACGCUCCAGAGCAGAGGGAGCUGAGGCCUGAGCACUUCAGGCAGCACCUUCACGAAGUUGGCUAUGCUGCACCCCCCUCUCCACCCAUGACCCAAAGCCUUUCUAUGGAUCACCCCGACACCUCUCAGCAUGGCCUUCCCUUGGAGGGACAGAGGGAAGUGCACCCUGCUGACCCUCAGGAAGCCAUCCCUGCCCAGGAGGAAGAGCUGCCCCCUCCACAAUUCCCUAAAAAGAAAGUGGACCUCCCUCAGCCUCAGGAAGCCAUCCCUCUCCAAGAAGAAGAGCUGCCCGCUCCCCAAGUCACUAUUGAACAGAAAGAAAAAAAGCCAACUCCAUUCAUGAGCCAAUCCCAUCCAAAUCCUGAGUCUUGGAACCCAGCCCAGCACUGCCAACAGGGCCGGCCCCGAGGGGGCUGGAGCCACCGGCUGGAUGGCUUCCCCCCUGGGCGACCUUCUCCAGACAAUCUGAACCAGAUCUGCCUUCCUGACCGUCAGCACGUGGUAUAUGGCCCCUGGAAUCUGCCACAGUCUGGCUACUCCCACCUUACUCGCCAGGGUGAGACCCUCAAUUUCCUGGAGACUGGAUAUUCCCGCUGCUGCCGCUGCCGCAGCAACACAAACCGCCUAGACUGUGCAAAACUCGUGUGGGAGGACGCAGUGACCCGGUUCUGUGAGGCCGAGUUCUCGGUCAAGACUCGAGCCCACUGGUGCUGCAAACGGCGGGGGGAGGCUCGAUUCUCCUGCUUCCAGGAGGAAGCUCCCCAGCCACACUACCAGCUCCGGGCCUGCCCUGGCCACCAGUCUGGUAUUUCCUCGGGCCCCGAGCUGCCUUUUCCCCCUGGGGUGCCCACAUUGGUCAAUGUCAAGAACAUCUGCCACCUGAGACGCUUCCGCUCUGUGCCACGAAACCUCCCAGCUACUGACCCCAUCCAAAGGCAGCUACAGGCUCUGACUUGGCUGGAGGGGGAGUUCCAGCGCUGCUGCCGCCAGGGGAACAACCACACCUGUACAUGGAAGGCAUGGGAGGAUGCCCUUGAUCGAUACUGUGACCAGGAGCAUGCUGUAAAGACCCAUCACCACCCGUGUUGCCACCACUCUCCUAGCCCUGCUCGCGAUGAGUGCUUUGCCCGUCAGGCCCCCUACCCCAACUAUGACCGGGACAUCUUGACCAUUGACAUCAGCCGAGUCACCCCCAACCUUAUGGUCCAUCUCUGUGGAAAACAAAGAGUUAUCACCAAGCAUAAACAUAUUCCUGGGCUGAUCCACAACAUGACUGCCCUCUGCUGUGAACUGCCAUUUCCAGAACAAGCCUGCUGUGCCGAGGAGGAGAAACUAGCCUUCAUCGAAGAUCUGUGCGGUCCCCAACGUAACUCCUGGCGAGACCCUGCCUUCUGUUGUGACCUGAAUCCUGGGGAUGAGCAGGUCAACUGUUUCAACACCAAUUAUCUGAGGAAUGUGGCUCUAGUGGCUGGAGAUACUGGGAAUGCCGAGGGCCAGGGGGAGCAGGACACAACUGGGGGAACAAAUAUCGGCUCCACCCUUGAGCCCAAGGAAGAAUGAGUCACCCUAGAGCCCUGGAGAAUUGGAUGGGGGAACCCAUCCCCGCCCACCCCACCCUCCUCCAACACUCAUUAUAGUAAACACCUCUUGGAUUUGGCGUCCUCAUUGUCUUUAACACCACUUACUAAACACACCCUCCUAAGCUUGCCUGGAUUUCCUUCAGGGACUGGCCCCUGAGGCCCACUGCCCUGCCCUCACUGGCUGAGCAGCUGUUCCACGGGCUGUGUGGUGGGACCACAACUAAAGGGCUUGACUUCA